AUGACUAUACUCUCUACAAUUUGGCUAUUACCUCUCUUUACUUUCAUUUAUGUUAAUGGUGUUCUUCCUAUUGAAGCUACUCACCAUGUUUAUAGAGAACUUGAGAGUUUGUCUUCUGAUGAAUAUUCUACAAAUCAACCUUAUAGAACUGGUUAUCAUUUUCAACCUCCAAAGAAUUGGAUAAAUGAUCCUAAUGGUCCAUUGAUUUAUAAAGGAGUUUAUCAUUUAUUCUACCAAUACAACCCUAAAGGUGCACAAUGGGGAAAUAUAGUAUGGGCACAUUCAGUUUCAACUGAUCUUAUAAACUGGAUCCCACUAGAUCCAGCCAUCUUUCCAUCUCAACCGUCGGAUAUAAACGGUUGUUGGUCAGGAUCAACCACAAUCCUUCAUGGUAACAAACCAUCAAUUCUAUACACAGGAAUCAACAAACUGAACCACCAAGUUCAAAAUUUAGCAUAUCCUAAAGAUUUCUCUGAUCCUUUUCUAAGGGAAUGGAUCAAGUCACCAGAAAAUCCAGUAAUUGAACCAACUAGUGAAAAUAAAAUUAAUGCAAGUUCAUUUAGAGAUCCAACUACUGGUUGGCUAGGAAAAGAUGGAAAAUGGAGGGUUAUUGUUGGUAGCAAAAGAAGUACUAGAGGGAUUGCAAUUUUGUACAAGAGUAAAGAUUUUGUUAAAUGGAAAAAAUCUAAGCACCCUUUGCAUUCAGCUAAGGGCACUGGAAUGUGGGAGUGUCCUGAUUUUUUUCCUGUGUUGAAAAAUGGAAUUAAGGGUGUUGAUACAUCAUUGAAUGAUGAUUAUGUUAGACAUGUUCUUAAGGUUAGUUUAGAUGAUAAGAAACAUGAUUAUUAUUUAAUUGGGAGUUAUGAUGAGGAAAAAGACAGAUUUGUCCCUGAUAGAGGUUUUGAAGAGGUGGAGAUUGAGGAGGUUUUUAGAUAUGAUUAUGGGAAAUAUUAUGCUUCAAAAACUUUCUUUGAUUAUGAGAAAAAUAGAAGGAUUUUGCUUGGUUGGGUUAAUGAAUCUUCAAGUAUUCCUGAUGAUAUCAAGAAAGGAUGGUCUGGAAUCCAUACAAUUCCAAGAACUAUUUGGUUACAUGAGUCAGGAAAACAGUUGGUACAGUGGCCAGUUGUAGAAAUUGAGAAGCUGCGAGUAAAUCAUGUCAACUUGCCCACCAAACUUCUCAAGGGAGCUGAACUUCUUCAAAUUAAUGGUGUCACAGCAUCACAAGCUGAUGUUGAGAUUGCAUUUGAAGUGAAUAAAAAUACCAUUGGAGAAGCUGAAGUUUUAGAGAAAUUGCCAGACCCUCAAAUUCUGUGUAGCCAAAAGGGUACAUCAGUAAAAAGUGGUCUAGGACCUUUUGGUUUGUUUGUUUUUGCUUCAAAAGGGUUACAAGAGUUCACAUCAGUGUUCUUUAGAAUAUUCGGAUUCCAAAACAAAAACAUAGUCCUCUUUUGUAGUGACCAAAGCAGGUCUUCUUUGAAUAAAGAUAAUGAUUUGACUAGUUAUGGGACUUUUAUAGACGUGGAUGUUCUUCAUGAGAAGCUGUCAUUGAGAACUUUGAUUGAUCACUCUGUGGUAGAGAGUUUUGGUGGAGAAGGAAAGGCAUGCAUUACAGCUAGAGUUUAUCCAACAUUGGCUGUCAAUGAUAAAGCACUUAUUUAUGCUUUCAAUAAUGGAACUACUGAUGUCAAGAUCACAAGUUUGAAUGCUUGGAGCAUGAAGAAAGCACGGUUAAAUGGAAAAUUAUAA